GCUCUCUCUUCUCCCCUCGUCGUCGUUGUCGUUGUCCACCUCACACAUAUCCCCCACCUCGCUCUCCUCUUCCUAGAAACUGUCAGCGACCAGUCAUCACCUUCUGACGCUGAUCCCAACCUGUGCCUUUAGCAUACUUGACCGAUACCCGCUGUCCUAUCACAUUUCCCGCCAUCUCACGCCCUACCUCCCACCAACCUUCCACCCUUACCCUGACAGUCUACCAUGGGUUGUAUGCAGAGUUCCCCCGUCGAUUCUGAGGCGAAGGCCCGGAAUGACGAGAUCGAGAACCAGUUGAAGAAGGAUCGCAUGAAUGCCAAGAACGAGAUUAAGAUGCUCUUGCUUGGAGCUGGUGAAUCCGGAAAGUCCACCAUCCUCAAGCAGAUGAAGCUCAUUCACAACGGUGGAUACUCCGACUCUGAGCGGGAGUCAUACCGUGAAAUCAUCUACAGCAACACUAUCCAGUCCAUGCGCACCAUCCUUGAGGCGAUGCAAGCGCUGGACAUCCCGCUCAACCCGGCCAACGACGCUCGCAGGGACGUCGUACUCUCCCUUCCCAGCCAGCUGGAGACGGAGAUGAUGCCCCGGGACGUUGCCGAUGCGAUCCGUGGUCUCUGGGCGGAUGAUGGUGUGAAGGAAGCUGUGAGGAGAAGCAGGGAGUUCCAGCUCAACGACUCCGCUGUCUACUACUUCAACUGCCUUGACCGGAUGGCUUCACCAAGCUACCUCCCGACGGAUCAGGAUAUCCUCCGCUCCCGUGUCAAGACUACUGGUAUCACCGAGACGACCUUCAGGGUCGGUGAGCUGACAUACCGGUUGUUCGAUGUCGGUGGGCAGCGUUCCGAGCGUAAGAAGUGGAUCCACUGUUUCGAGAAUGUCACCGCCCUCGUCUUCCUCGUUUCUCUGUCAGAGUACGAUCAGAUGCUGUAUGAAGAUGAGAGCGUGAACCGUAUGCAAGAAGCACUCACCCUCUUCGACUCGAUCUGCAACUCGCGCUGGUUCGUAAAGACCAGCAUCAUCCUUUUCUUGAACAAGAUCGACCUGUUUGCCGACAAGCUCCCCGUCAGCCCGCUCUCGGACUACUUCCCGGAUUUCACCGGUGGCUCGGACUACGACCUUGCAUGCGAGUACCUGCUCAACAGGUUCCUGAGCCUGAACCAGCAAGCAGCGACAAAGCAGAUCUAUGCCCACUAUACUUGCGCUACUGAUACCCAGCAGAUCAAGUUCGUCCUCUCGGCCAUACAAGACAUCCUCCUGCAGCUCCAUCUGCGGGAAUGCGGUCUGCUGUAAACCUUUCUCUCGCUUUGCUUCUAGGGUCACAUCAGGUCGUUUUAUUAUUCCAUCCCGUACUCUCCUAUCGUCUAUACCUAUCCAUCCCCUUCAUGUCCUUUCUUGCUCUCGGAGCCCUCCAACGACAACGGUACAUCGCCAACCCAGCGCGGCCCUUGUACGCCUACUCUCGUUUUGCUUAAUUCACCUCCCUCCCGCCUCAGCACCGGAACCGAAUCCAACAACGAAAACCGUUUGCCAGCCUCCCCUCUUGCCUCUUGCCACGUUCUCUCCCUAUCCUAUUUCCUCUGUUUCUUGGUACAUGACUGCCCUGCCCAUACCCCUGUCGACGCUACG